UUUUUUUUUUUCUUUGUCAAAAUAUUAUUUUCACCAUGUCCGAUUCAGAAGAUGACAUUCCCCUUUCACGACGAACCGAAUCUCGUGUGAAACAACAAACGGUACCUCCUCACCUUUCUGUACCAGCUCCUAUUGACGAUAGUACACCGGAUCCUUCUCAAGCUCGAACAGCAGCUACUAUCGAAGAUGAGGACAGCGACGAUGAUAUUCCUUUGACCCAACGCAAGAAUCUUACCAAGAACAAUGGAAAGAUGCAAGAAUCAGAUAGUGACGAUGAUAUUCCUUUGGCCAAAAGAACAACAUCUACUACCAAGCGCGUUGUAAAGGAAGAAAGUAGUGACGAUGAUAUUCCUUUGUCCAAGAAACAAAAGAAAGUAUCUAAACCAACCAAGUCCAAAACUUUGAAACGAUCAUCAUCCGUCAAAAUUGAAUCCAAUGUAGCCAACAAAAAGAUCAAAAAGGAAAUCAAAGAAGAAGUAGAAGUCUAUAAAUGGUGGGAAGAAGAAACUCCUGAUCGAAGUAUUGAUAAUGAAGAAGAUGAAGGUGGUAUUCGAUGGACGACCCUUAGUCAUUAUGGUGUACUAUUUCCCCCUGAAUAUGUCCCUCAUGGUAUCCAAAUGAAAUAUGAUGGUAAACCUGUUAGUUUGACUCCCGAGGCUGAAGAAGUGGCUAGUUUCUUUGCUGCCUUAUUAGAAUCCGAUCAUGGGAAAAAUCCAACUUUCCAGAAAAACUUUUUUAGCGACUUCAAAAAAGUAUUGGCUAAAAGUCCCAAGAAUCCCAAAAUAGAAAGCUUUGAAAAAUGUGAUUUCCGACCCAUCUGGCAAAAGUUUGAAUUGGACAAGGAAAGAAAGAAACAAAUGACAAAGGAAGAAAAAUUGAAAAUCAAGGAUGAACGUACCAAGAUGGAAGAACCUUAUUUGUACGCAACUAUCGAUGGACGAAAGGAGAAGAUUGGUAAUUUCCGUAUUGAACCUCCAGGUUUAUUCCGUGGUCGUGGUGAUCAUCCCAAAACUGGUCGUUUAAAGUUACGUGUCUAUCCUGAACAAGUGACUCUCAAUCUUUCCAAAGAUAGUCCUAUUCCACCUACUCUUCCUGGUCACAAGUGGGGAAAGAUUGUACAUGAUCAACAAGCAACUUGGUUAGCUACUUGGAAGGAAAACAUCAAUGAUACUUCAAAAUAUGUGUUUUUGGCCGCCAACUCUUCUUGGAAAGGACAAAGUGAUAUGAAGAAAUUCGAUAAAGCUCGGGAACUCAAGCAUCAUGUUGAUCGUAUUCGUGCAAGUUAUACAGCUGAUUUGAAGGAUAAACUUACGGAAACUAGACAAAGGGCAACAGCUAUGUAUUUGAUCGAUCGAUUGGCUCUUAGAGCUGGUAAUGAAAAAGGUGAUGAAGAAGCUGAUACUGUUGGUUGUUGUUCUUUGCGGUAUGAACAUAUUACACUAGAACCUCCAAAUACUGUCCAUUUUGAUUUCCUUGGUAAAGAUUCAAUUCGAUAUGAAAACUCUGUUCAGGUGGAUCCUCAGGUUUUCAAAAAUCUCAAACUUUUCAAGAAACAAGUGGGAACUGGUUUUUCUAUUUUUGAUCGAUUGACAACGAGUGGAUUGAAUAAGCAUUUGAACAGUCAUAUGCCAGGACUAUCAGCCAAAGUGUUCCGUACAUAUAAUGCUUCAUUUACAUGUCAACAACAAUUGGACAAACUCACCAAUCCUGAUGAUAUUAUACAUGACAAGAUUCUUUCUUUCAAUCGAGCAAAUCGGGAAGUAGCCGUUCUUUGUAACCAUCAAAGGGCAGCAUCCAAAUCACAUGCUCAACAAAUGAUGAAAAUUGGGGACAAGAUUCGUGCUAUUAAAUACCAACGUAUGAAAUGUCGAAAACAAUUAUUUGCAUUGGACAAGUCACUUAAAAAGAAGAAACCCGAACUGGCCAUGGAUGAAUCUGACCUUGAAGAGGACUGGAUCAAGGAAUAUGAAGUUGAAUUUAUCAAAAAGGAACGAGAAAAGGUCAAGAAUCGAUUCGAAAAGCAAAAUGAAAAACUCAAGGCGGAAAAUCAAGCACCACAACCCAAAUCUGAACUGGAAGCGAAAUUGAAAAAGGUAGAUGAAUUAGAAGCUCAAUUAACCAAGGAACGCAAGUCUGGGAAAGUGGAUGUAGCACCAAGCAUGACAGUGGAAAAAUUAUUGGCCAAGAUUGAAAAAUUGGAUGAACGUAUCAAUGCCACCAAGAUUCAAGCAACUGACAAGGAAGAAAAUAAGGAAAUCUCAUUAGGUACUUCCAAGAUGAAUUAUAUUGAUCCUCGUAUUAUUGUGGCAUGGUGUCGAAAGUAUGAUGUUCCUAUGGAAAAGGUUUAUAGCAAGACAUUAGUGGAAAAAUUUAGAUGGGCACAAAACAUUCCUGAUGAUUGGAAAUUUUAGGAAAAGUGUUAGAUUAUUUUUUGUUAGUUAGUUAGUUGGUUAUCUUUGUGAUUUUAUUAUACAAGUCAAAUAAAAAAAAAAAAUAGUUUGAACAAAUAA